UUUUUGAGUCAUUGUGUUUUUUUAAGGACUUGACUUCGGGAAAGAGGAUUGGCAAUGCUAAAGAACGUGAUGGGCUAUACUAUUUUCUGGAGGACACCUACUCGAAUAAACAAGCUCAAAUUGCAAGUUGUGAAUCUGACCUAGAUAACAAGAAGUAAUGUUGUGGCAUCGCCAGUUAGGUUGACCAAGAUAAAAUAUGUGUACAUUGGAUGUAGCUAGAACAGAGCUUGCUCUUGCAGUUUUGUAUCUGAACAAAGCUGAAGCCAGGGACAAGAUAUGCAGGGCAAUCCAAUAUGGUUCAAAAUUUGUAAGUAAUGGAGAGCUAGGCACAGCUCAAAAUGUCGACAAAUCUACCAGCUUGGCACGAAAAGUGUUCCGCCUUUUCAAGUUUGUAAAUGAUCUGCAUGCUCUAAUUAGUCCAACUGCUUGGGGAACUCCACUUCCACUGAUUUUGUUGGGAAAGUCUAAAAAUGCAUUAUUGUCUACUUUCUUGUUUCUCGAUCAAAUUGUAUGGCUUGGUAGGACUGGCAUAUACCAGAACAAAGAAAAAACAGAACUGAUUGGAAGGAUCUCUCUUUUUUGUUGGAUGGGCUCUUCGAUUUGUUCCACUCUGGUUGAGAUUGGAGAACUUGGAAGGCUUUCAGCUUCGAUGAAGAAGUUAGAGAAGGAACUUAAGAUCACGAAUAAGUACAAGAAUGAGCAGUAUCUCAGUAAGCUUCAAAAUUCAAAUGAAAGAUCUCUAGCCCUGGUUAAAGCAGGCAUGGAUAUUGUUGUUGCAGUCGGGUUGCUUCAACUGGCACCCAAGAAAGUCAAUCCGCGUGUAACAGGUGCCUUCGGAUUUGUUAGCUCGCUCAUCUCCUGUUAUCAGUUGCUUCCAUCACCUGCUAAGGCCAAAACACCCUGAAGGAUUUACCAGCUCAACAGCCUAAGUAUUGUCAUUGUUCAUUUUGCCCAUUACUCUAUAAUAAUAUGUGGCAUCUCAUUUUAGCUGUGUUCAUGAAUUGCAUUCUUUGCUGAUUUACUCACACACACUUGAGAAGCACACAUAAUAACCAAAUCCCAAGGUGCUUAAAAAACUCAUGAAGAGAUGGAAAUACCUUUAGCAAUUGGGGGGUUUUUGGAUUUUCGGUUUGUGGAAUGGGAUCAGUGGUCGGGGAGAAAAUCACCUACUGUUACCAAUAAAACAUAUACCUCUUAUUAGGGGGGAGCACCUAUUCGAGGAAGGGGUUUGAGUAUGAUGCAAAGAGCUAAAAUAUCAUCUUGCUCUGUAUUAUGCGAGAAAGCAGGAUUGGUGCAGGUUAGAGAUAUGACCCCACAUAGGGUUUAAUGUGUUUUGGACAAA